CCGUUGCUGCUGAGCGCUGUCGCUGAGUGUGUUGCUGUUGUGAGGAGCUGCGGCUGCUGCUGCCGAAAUGCCCGAGCCGGCCAAGUCCGCCCCCGCGCCCAAGAAGGGCUCGAAGAAGGCGGUGACCAAGACGCAGAAGAAGGGCGACAAGAAGCGCAAGAAGAGCCGCAAGGAGAGCUACUCCAUCUACGUGUACAAGGUGCUGAAGCAGGUGCACCCCGACACGGGCAUCUCGUCCAAGGCCAUGGGCAUCAUGAACUCCUUCGUCAACGACAUCUUCGAGCGCAUCGCGGGCGAGGCCUCGCGCCUGGCGCACUACAACAAGCGCUCCACCAUCACCUCGCGGGAGAUCCAGACGGCCGUGCGCCUGCUGCUGCCCGGCGAGCUGGCCAAGCACGCCGUGUCCGAGGGCACCAAGGCUGUCACCAAGUACACCAGCUCCAAGUAAAUGCUUGGCUAAAAUCUGUUUAACCCAAAGGCUCUUUUAAGAGCCACCCACAUUCUCAGUAAAAGAGCUGGUCUUGUGAGUUCCUGCCCUU